GUCAGUUUCAAGACGGAAGGGGCGAUUACCGUCCGGGUAGACAAGGAUGGGAGUUGUUGUGAAACAGUGCUUCAGUUGCUCAAAUGCUGCGUUCCUUUCGGGAGUCCAUUCGAAUGGGACGUCUUUCUUUGUAAGGUCGUUGAGGGGCCGGGCUAUGGCGGCAAAGUCCUUGAUGAAUCUGCGAUAGAAGUUUCCAAAGCCUAG